AUGACUGAUCAACGCCAAGUUGUGCCAGGGCCCUCGCCGCCUUCUAACCAUAAUGGUUCGCAUCGGGAAGAGGCGAGACCGUCGUCGUCGUCGGCGACGUCGAGUUCUGGUUCUUCGUGGAAGAGGAGGGUUUCUACUGCUUGUCUUGCGUGCAAGAAGUCUAAGCGGAAGUGCUCCGGCACCCCGCCCUGCGACAACUGCCGCACCUUCAGACGAGUCUGCAUCUUCGACGAAUCCCUCGACCAACGCCGCCGCGUCGCCGCAAAACGCACCGCCGACGAACUCUCCUACCACCGCGACCUCCUAAACGACAUCUUCAAGCUCGUCCGUGAAGCAGACGAGCGCAAAGCCCUCGACCUCCUCGAGGUAAUCCGCCACAACGCCUCCCCCGAGGAAAUCCGCACCUUCAUCAAUAAAACCCUCUCCACGCUUGACACAUCCGCUAGUCGCGCCUCGGCCCAGGCAGCGGUUAAACUGGAGGAUAUGAAGAAUUUGAUUAAUGUGGAGGGUACCACGCCUGCGUUUCGGCGCAAGGUCAUGGAUAUUCAUUAUCUUUGUGAUGAGGCGCCGAUUAGUGUGCCUGCGAGGCCGUGGACGGAUGUCACGGGGGAUAGUGAUCUGGUGUCGCAUUUGUACUUUUCGGAAUUCUCCGAGGCUUAUGUUGUUCCGGGGGAUAUCUCGUCCAAGGGAUGUGAUUUUCUUGCAGAGGCUGAGAGGUUGAAGGGUGAGUUGCCCAUGCAGCCGAGUCUGGCCGCUUUGCAGGGGACGCUGCUUAUGUAUGAAAGAUAUUCCAUAUCCCGUACAGAUGACUUGGGCUAUCUCAUGCUCCAUGAAGCUAUUCGCAUGGGUGAAUCACUUGGGCUUGUGGGAAGUACAGGGCCGAGAAUGACCUCGGACCAAUUAUCAGAGGAUAUGGAUUCCUCGUGCAGACGUACAGCUUGGGGAUUGUUUAAUGUGGAUACAAUGGUCCAUACGGGCUUUCUCCGACCCAGCCUCAUCAAUCAUGUCAAUAUGCCGCGUGUCGACAAGGAUCACCUGGAAGACCAGUCUCAGUGGAUGCCUUAUCCAUCGCAUCGAGAUACAAGGCCGUCAUAUCUGAGUCUAUACUUUGAUGAGGCGUGCAACCUAUCGACGAUCUCCUGCGAUAUCUCGCGGAGUAUGUUUACUGGCGAGCAGGGUUCAUCAGAGGUGCUGCAACGGCAGAGUCGCGAUGUGUUGUAUGGACGAUUGAGGCGAUGGGAUGAGCUGUUGCCGGAGAUAUUUGACUGGGAAAAGGUGGCACCGCACGUCAUCCUGUUAAAAAUGCGCUACAAUUCCCUGAUCAUCAAUCUGUUCAGUUGUAUCUCCAGCAUCGGACACUCGAGUACUACGACUGAAGGCCCCAAAACACCAGAAAGCCCUCCCCGACAAACCCCCGAGCCAGCAUCGAAGUACAACGCAUGGGAACUCGCCCAAACCGCAGCCCGCAACAUCGCCGCACUCACUCGUCUCCAUCGACGCGAGUUCGGCGUUAGUCGGGCUCAUCACUUCGCCAUGUACGCAAUCAACCUCGCCCUCUUCACGAUGCUGGAGCAAGACUCCUUUGACGUCCUCGAUCCGGAUUUCCUAUCGCUUGCAAGCGCAUUCUCCAUUGUGGCCAGUCGUUCCGCGCUAGGUCGGAAUCUAUUUCAUAUUUUCCGUCAGUCCGUACGGGCCAAGGCGCAGGGGAGUCGUAUUCGUGAUGCGAGUGCUAUUCCGGCUGAGUUGAAGGAUUUAUUUGAUGAGGAGUCUUCGGCUAAGGGGCAUAGUCGGUUUGAUGAGUAUGCGGAGGGAUUGGAGAAACUUGAUCAGGAUGAGAAGUACCAUGGCAUCUCCGGGGUGGAGGGACAGAGUUUGCAGGAGUAUCCUGGAUUGGGCUUGUCGGAAAUGUUGGAUCGGUAUGAGAGUUUGAGUUUAGGUAAGGAUGAUGUAUUUGCCGAGAGGGGGAAGUUGUAG